CCAUGGGAGACGAAUUUCAGGCAGGACUUUGCAGUGGAAAUUGGUGGAAUCAAACUAAAAGUGGAGUGAGUAUGGGUUCAUGUUCAUCACCAUGUUCCACGGCACUCAAUGAUAUAGGAAGCAGCUUUGGAUGGGCAAGUGAAGCAAGAUCUUCUUGUGAGGAAACAACAGCUUCUGUUUCUGAUAGUUCCAUGGUUUUCCAACAAACCCAGAAGACACAAGCUUCUGAUACUGUCGUUGGUGGUGGUGGUGGUGGUGGUGGUGGUGGUGGCAGUGGCAUCUUGUUGGAUUCCACGUUUCAAAUGAUGGGUUUUGGACCUUCAUCCCUCACCAUGGAUUGGAACCAAUCUUUACUUAGAGGUAGUGGAAGAGUUGCAGAGACUACUAAUUUCAAUUCCAUGCUUCAAGUUCAAGAUGACUUAAGUUCAAGACCCAAUUUUAGGGCAGAAACAGGAAUGGAAUCUCCACCGGUUCAGAGUUUCUCCGGUGGUGUUGGUGGUGGUGGUGGUGAAGAUUCCAUCUUGAGUACAGUGAGCAGCCAGGGUAUACCCACUGGUUUUCCUUCUUAUGCAUGCAAUUCAUCUUCUUUAUUGCAAGGCUUAUUUGAUACACAAGAGACCCAAAUCCAUCAUCAUCAUCAUCAAAGGUUUCCCUUCGAAACUAAUCCAUCUCCAAACUACCGCAUUAACACCGGUGAAUUCUCAUCAUCGUUGUCAUCGCCGUCGCCAUCUCCGUCACCGUCUUGGCCCAAAUUCCCAGACUUUCUGAAAAGUUCAGCACCCAAGCAAAAGCAGCAGCACCACCUCCUCCAACCCUCAACUAAUCAAUUGCACUUCUCCAACAACACUCCUUUUUGGAAUGCAUCCGUAGCUUCGAUGAACGAUGCUCGGUCCACCUUCUUUCCUUCGCCGGAGACACAGUAUCUCACACCAAUGUUUGAGAUGAAACCCAAUUGCAGGAGUAACCUCAACACCACAAAGUCUGGCAUAGAAGAAGUUCGUGAUUCAGGGUCAGUGGUGAAGAAAAACAGCAAUGAACCACCGUACAAAAGGCCUCGGAUUGAGACACCAUCGCCAUUACCAACUUUUAAGGUUCGAAAAGAGAAAUUAGGAGAUCGAAUCACUGCACUCCAACAACUGGUUUCACCUUUCGGAAAGACUGAUACGGCAUCUGUGCUCUUAGAAGCUAUUGAGUACAUCAAAUUCCUCCAUGAUCAAGUCAGCGUUUUAAGCACACCAUAUUUGAAGAAUGGAGCUCCCAUUCAACACCACCAGCAGAGUUUUGAUAAAUCGAAAGAUGGUGAAGGACCCAAACAAGAUCUAAGGAGCCGUGGACUAUGUCUAGUUCCAAUUUCAAGUACCUUUCCAGUUACAAAUGAAACUGCAGCUGAUUUCUGGACUCCAACCUUCGGAGGAACUUACAGGUAGAGGGGGACACAAGCUAACCGAUGAGGUCGCUACACCAGAACGUACCCAAGUCAAGUUGGGAAUGAUAAGAGAUUAAGACCACU